AGUUCGUUAUCGUUCAGACUGCAGCCAAUCAGGUUCAGUGUCAACGCGAGUCAUGCUGAGAACCUGGCAUCACAUGUGCCUAGCAGCUAGUUCCCAAGGCACUCUUUCUGGGUCACACCAGUUCCCGACCCGAGUUAGUCAGGUGCUCCCUCCUCGCAUGAUCAGGACGACGCACGAUUCUGUUCGGCCUAGGAACAUUAUCAAUCGCCCAUUGUCAAAACUUCUUCCCGCGCCGAGUUGACUAUCCGAGGACCAUGAUUUUGCGUGUCAGCGAGCCUCGAUUCCUCAAAUCGACGCGCCCUAACUCAGACGUUACUCUCAGGAGCCUCGCCAUUUCAUCUGCACCUCGCGUCGUCAUAUCCUCUCCUUCGCGUUAGUGCCUACCGCCAUGCGGCCUGCGCCCUCCGCGCGCCGGCCCUCCCCGUUGAGUCCGCCGUCGUCCCCGAUGCGGCGGCGCUCCGCGCCGUCCAGCCCGCCAUCGUCGCCCAUCAAGCGCCUCAAGACAUCGCUCGCCCCGCCGCAACCCCGCGCAGCGACCGCAGCGGCGGCGGCGGUGGCGGCGGCCGCGGCGCCGGGAGUGGGCACGGGCGGGCUGGUGGCGGCGGUGGAGCCCCCCCCGGACUUCUCCUGCUGGACCGUCGCGGACGACCGCACGCUGUGGCGCGCCAUGGAGGCGGGCAUAGCCAUGGAGGCGCUGGCGCGCGGAGCGCUGCGCUUCUCCCGGCGCUUCUCCCUGAAGGAGCUGCGCGCGCGGUGGCGCGCCGUGCUGUACCACCCGCUCGAGAGCCCCCUGGCCGCCGCGCGCAUUGCUCAGGCUGAAAUGGCGGACGCCGCCCAGGCAAUGGGGAGGGGUGGUGAUGCUGUGCUCUCUGCUUGUGAUGGUGCUGGUGGUGCAAGCGGUGGUGCUGGUGGUGCUGAUGCUGGGGGUGGUGCGGGCGGUGCUGCUGCUCCUACUCCUGCUGCGUCCGGUGUGCUCUCGCGAGGAGGCAACGCAAUAGGCCUGAACGCCAACAACCAUGGGGGCAGGGAGGUGAAGGAGGAAGAGGAGGAAGAGGAGGAGGGGAAGGGGGAGCCGGAGAGUGACACGGACUCGCUUAAUUUCUCCGAUGCGGAGGAGAUGGUACUGGACAUGGACUUGGACCCUGCUGCGGACGAAGCCAUGCCCGCCCGAGCAGCGGCGCGCAUGCUGUACGCGGGUCAGCGCGCAGUGGUGCUGCCGUUGGAGCGGUGCAGCGCGGCGUCCAUCCGCAGGCAGCUCACGCGCAGAGGAGCCCUCGCCGUGCUGUAUGGCCGCCACACCCGCUUCCUCAUGUGCAAGACCGAGGUGUCCCUUGGGCGGCGCACGGAGGACAACCUAGUGGACGUGGAUCUGUCGGAGGAGGGGCGCGCCAACAAGGUGUCGCGGCUGCAGGCGGUGAUAGAGCUGAGGGCGGACGCUUGCUUCUACCUGACGAACGAGGGGCGGCGGGAGGUGACGGUGAACAAGGCGCCUGUGGAGCCAGGCCAGCAGGCCAUCCUCGCUAACAGCUGCCUCAUUGAGAUGGGCGGCGUGCACCUGGUGUUUGAGAUCAACUCGCACUACGCCGAGGAGGCAGCAGCGUACAUGCGAGGAGCCACACGAGGGGCCCUGCUGCCCCCCCACAUGCUGCCACACAUGCCCAACCACAUACCCAGCCACAUUCACAUGGCUAAUCACAUGGUCAACCACAUGCCCAUGCCCCCUCACUAUCCUCACUCUCACUCUCACAGCCAUGCGCAAGGGUACACGCACACCGAAGAUGCAUCGGGUUAUACCAGCCAUGCGUAUGGGUAUCGGGGUGGGAGCUAUGGCUUGGAAAGACCCGUCGGCCCAUACGCCAUGUAUGGGGGGCCCAUGCCUGGACACAGCAUCCUGGGCACCACCAUGCGCCCAUCCGCCCCAUCCGCCCCAUCUGCUCACCCAGGCGUACCUUCACCCUCUCCCCACAUGCAUGGAUCUGCCUCUCCCCACAUGCAUGGGUCUGCAUCUCCCCACAUGCAUGGGUCUGCCUCUCCUGUGGCCUAUGCAACCCCAAGCUACAUGCAGCAGCAUGCGUACUACCAUCCUACUCCAUCCCCGCACACUCCAUCUCACCCACCCUCAUCAGCUGUGCAUCCUUCUAGAACCACUUACCCUCCUCCCUCCUCUCACCCUCCUCCUCCCUCCGCCCACACUGCUCCCUCCACGGCCCCAGUACCUUUCCCCCCAAUCAAACCUGCAACGGAGCCACCUCCCUCCGGCUCUCUCCCACCCGGCUCCUUCCCACCAGCUGCACUGCACCCAUCCCACCAGCCAUACCGCCCCCCCUCUCACCCUCGCUCCCACACCCCUCUCCCUGCCCCCACUUCCUCUCUCUCCAGGGACACACCUGCCACCCAGCAUCAUGCUCCCCCGCCCUUCCUUCCGCCUGCUCUGCCCCGCAUACCUUCGCCUCUUUCAGCCUCCACUGCCUCCAGACCUUCCUCCCUGCAUCCCACCAAUCCCCCUACCAAUGCUCUUACCAAUGCUCUUACCAAUGCUCCUACAUUUGCUCCUGGCUCUGCUCCUACACCGGUUCCUGCCUCUGCCGUUCGUCCCACUCCUGUGCCAGCCUCCCAUCCAACUCCUUGCCCUUCUGCUGCAACCCUCGCCUCUGCAGCAGCAGCUGCUGCUACUCCUGCUGCCACAGCACCCCCAGACACUUCGUCUGAGCAUCUACCUCACCCUCUCGCUUUCAAUGCAUAUCUGACUCAACCUGCUUCCCUGCCUGCUGCCGCCAUGCCUCACCUUCACCAACCCCCAGCUGUGCCCCCUCAACUCACCGCUCCGGGUCAAAGCCAGCGACCAACCGCCCACUCCGAGGCCUUCAAGCCCAGUCGGCCCUCACCAGCUGCUGCUGCCACCACUGCCGGCCAUGCCCCUGCCCCUGCUGCUGCUGCUGCUGCUGCUGCUGCUGCUGCUGCUGCUGCUGCUGCUUCUUCUACUGCUACUGCUACUGCUAGUGCUGGGAUUGCUGCUGCUCCAUCUGCUCUUGAAGCCACUGCCAUUCUUGCCACCGCUCCCACUGGUCAUGGCUCCUCCCCAAUCACAUUGACUGCUGGUGCCGGGGAUGCGCCACAUUCUGCCAACCCACCGCCCUCUUAGAUUGUACACCACACCAUGUCAGCUUGCUCGGCCUCUCGCAACCGCCGCUUACCUCGCAGCUCGAUAUCUGUUCUGCUACCAGUAUCAGGGUUGUGAUCUGAACCGUGUGCUUGUGAAGGAAGCAGGCCUGUUUACUCAGGAGAUUCUGGCAACCAUCAUUCUUUUGCUGAUUUUUGCUGAUCUAAGCUGGGAAGCUGAAGGCCGGAAAGACAAUAGAUCUGCAUACACUGGUUUUUUUUUUUAGUGUGUGCAGAAUGGUCAGUAUUGAACUGGUUUCCAAGGGCGACCAUUACCCCUGGUUACAUAUCA